UGUUAAUCAGGGGAGCAGUACCUGAGAGAGGGCCUUUUUCUCACACACUGCCGAGAACCUCCGCAAACAAGGAAGAGGGUAAAUCUCGAGGUGGCGAUGCACAGAGCCCCGUGGCCUGGUCGCUCGGCGCGGGGAGGAGAAACUCUAGCUGCCAGAGCCUGGGAAUCGCCUCUUCUCAGGAAAUGGCGUAGUCCCUGCGCUCGCCUGCGCCCUGCAGGGUCAGCUGACGGCCAUCCCUCCACUUACAACAGCGGGGCGGCCACUCGCCCUGACGCGCGCAGAGACCCGAACAAAGCCCGUGGGAAUCAUGUGGCGUUCCUGAAGGGUCACCUAGACGACCCAGCCCAGCUCCACCCACAGUGCCUGGCAACCUAGACCAGUCAGGGACGCGGCAGGAAAUGGAAGAGCCUCCGCAGGAGGCUCUGGCUGAACCCUUGGAACAUGAAAGCCCAGCCGCUCCCUCAAGUGCUGGCCACACUAAUGGCCAGGAAGAAGACGACCAGAAGAACCAGGCUGAAAGGAAGGCAGAUAACCACACUGCUCACAGAAUAGCUGACCAGACUGCCCUAAGAGUGCCUAGCCAGGCUAAGUUCAACAUAUUUAGCCAAACUACCAAUGGAGUAGCUGAACAAAAUGGCCAUAGUACACCUGGUCAGGCUGGCCACAGAGCAUCCGACCCUGCUAAUGUUUCUGACCUUAGAGCAGAUGAUCAGGUUGACCAAACACCAUCUGAACAAACUGAAGGCAAGGCAUCUAGCCAAGCUAAUAAUGUACAGUAUGAACAGAGUGAUGGUCAGGUGUCUGGCUUGACCGAGGAAAGAACUGCUGAACAGAUUGAACGAAGAUUAUCUAGCCAGGCUGAGAGAGUAACUUCUGGGCAGAUUGAUGGUAGACUGUCUAUGCCAUCUGACCAGAGAGGUUCCAGACAGACUGACCACAGAAUGUCAGGCCAGGCUGAGAGAAGAACUUCCGAGCAUAUUGGUGGUAGAUUAUCUACACAGUCUAACCGAAGAGCUUCUGAACAGACUGACCACAAAAUGGCAGGCCAGUCCGAGAGAAGAGCUUCCGAGCAGAUGGACCAUAGAAUAUCUGACAAGGCUGAGGGAAUAACUUCUGAGCAGAUUACAUACACAUUAUCCAGACUAUCUGAGAAAAGACCUUCUGUGCAGAUUGACAGUGGGUCAUCCGUACCAUCUGAUCGAAGUCCUUCUGUGCAGAUUGACAGUGGGUCAUCCGUACCAUCUGACCGAAGUCCUUCUGUGCAGAUUGACAGUGGGUCAUCCAUACCAUCUGACCAAAGACCUUCAGUACAGAUUGACCGCAGAAUGUCAGGCAAAGUUAGGAGAACUUCUGUGAAGACUGACUACAGAUUGGCUAGCCUGGCUGACCAAGGAACUUCUGAGCAGAUUGACCUCAGAUCGCAUGGCCUCGUUGACCACAAAACAUCUGUAAAGACUUACCACCAAGUGUAUGGCAAAGCCACUGAACUAGCUGAACACCAGACUAUUGACCAAGCUCACAGUAAUGCUGAUCAACCUCCAGUUGACAAGGCUGACUACAGUGAAUCUGACCAGAUUGACCACUUAGCAGACAGACAAGCUAAUCACAAAGACCAACUGUCUUACUAUGAAAGACGUGGCCAGUCUGAAGACAGGAUAUUUCCCCAGUUAGGCAAUAGCAAGAAGGACAAAGAGGCUGACUACAGAGUACAACCCUGCAAAUUUGAGGACAGCCAAGUAGACCUCAAUUCCAAGCUUUCAGUUGAAAUGGAAACUCAAAAUACAACCACUACCCCAGCCUACCACUCAGUUGAUGCCAGAUUCACCAGUAAUUUCCAAGCAAAAGACCAAGCCCUUUUCCCAAGACUCCCCUCCAUCUCAUCCAAAUUGAACCAUAUUAGUAGUCAAGAAAAAACUCAAGCCGUAGUAACCAAAUCUGAUGAAUUUUCAGAAAUUGAGCAAGGAAAGAGUUAUCGUAUAUGCAAUCAAACUCGUAGAAGGUUCCCUUCUAUAGUUUAUGAAGAUCCUUAUCAAGUUUCACUCCAAUACAUGGAAAAACACCACAUUCUGCAAAUAUUCCAGCAGAUUACUGAAAACUUAGUCUAUGAAAAGCCAGAGGACCCCCUGAAUUUUAUGCUGUGCCAGGUAUAGAAUUGGAGAAAAAGAACAACCUUUUAAUUCUCUUUAUUGUAAAAUACAGCACACAUACAGCAAAGUGUAUAGAACAAAGUACGUACAACUCUGAAUUCUUAUGAAGUAAACAUACCUUUGAUUACCAUUCAAGUUUUAAAAAAAAUAAAUAAAACAUAACCAGCAUCCCAGAAGGCCCCCUCCUUUCCCUCACAGUUAUUACUUCCCACAAAAGGAUUCUUUAUGACCUUUAUGGCAAUGACCUCCUUGCUUUUCUUUAUAAUUUUAUCACUAAACCGGAACCAUGAAACACUUGUGUUUAUAUUUGUCAGCUUUUGAACUGUAUAUAAAGGGAACCAUAUCGUAUGUAAUCAAUUGUAUCUGGUUUCUUAAAAUUAUGUCAUUGGGAUUGAUCCAUGCUGUUGUAUGUGGCAAUAGUUCAUUCAUUUUAAUUGGCAGGGGUGUCCAAUCUUUUGGC